AUGGCCAGUAAUAUGAGCAGGUUGCUGAGUGUCCUGGAUUACGAUCCUAUGACUGAGCAAAAGGUGAACAUUAUGAAGGUAAUCAAAGAACUCUGGCAGGACUUCUUACAGUGUUACUCUUCCUGGCCUCUGGUUUGCUGGUCUGUAUGGUGGGCCCUGUCAACAUGUGGCUAUUUCCAGGUCAUCAAUUAUACUCAAGGCAUGUGGGAAAUUGUGCUGCCUUCUCAGACCUCUGAGAUCUAUAAUGGUGCUGUGGAAGCUGUUUCCACAUUGUUGGGUGCUGUGGCUGUAUUUGCUGUGGGACACAUAAAAAUAUCUUUUCUUACUUGGGGUGAAAUAGUCUUAGCUAUGUUCUCCCUUUUCAUUGCUGCAGCUGUGUAUAUCAUGGACACUAUUCAUAACAUUUGGGUGUGCUAUGCUUCCUAUAUGGCAUUUCGAAUUGUCUAUAUGCUACUCAUUACAAUUGCAACGUUCCAGAUUGCUACAAAUUUAAGUGUAGAGCGCUAUGCCCUUGUAUUUGGUGUUAAUACUUUUAUUGCACUGGCAUUGCAGACAGUACUCACAUUGAUAGUUGUUGAUGCAAAAGGUCUUGGCCUUGACAUAAUUACACAGUUCAUGAUCUAUGCUGGCUAUUUUGCUGUCAUAGCAGUAUUGUUCCUGAUAAGUGGUACAUACAGUAUUAUCAAGAAUUUCUGGAGAAAGGAAAGGAGAAGAAAUGAUGCUGUUGCAGAUGAUGCUUAAAAUAUGAACUAGAGUAUGAACUUUAUAAACUUUAUGAACUCAUAACUUAAGUAUGAACUCAUUUGAUAUAUGGUGGGGCAAACCUAUUUUUAAAUAUGAUGGUUUAUAUUUAUGCAACUAUUGUUACUGUAAAACCACUAUCUGUAUUGUAUUUUACUCUAUUUGUACUAUAUUAGUAGCAUCCAUUAGUAAAAUACAUUCAUCUUAUAUAAAUAAGAAUGUUGUAUUUAACAACAUAAUGUCAACGUGCCUUUUGUGGACAAAGUCUACACAGGAAGAAUUUUUUUCUGUUUUUUUUCUUUAUCCAGACCAUAAAACUGUAAAUGGAAAGUGAUGGUUUUUUAAAAAGCAUAGCCUAGCUAUGCUUUCAGUGUUCUUUAUAUGUUGACUUUCAAAAGCCUAAAACUGUGAGGCACUGUGAUAGAACUGCAGUUAGCAGUAUCCUUUGAAAUCAAUUGGUCAUGGCAGGAUACUGCUCGUGUUUGGUAAUUGCACAUUCUGUAUAACAGACCUUUCUGUAUAUGCAAUCAAAAUAUUUUUCACUCUGUAGAGUGAUUUCGGUAAAUUUAAAGAUUUUAGUUCUCUUUUGUUGCUAUCCCUGAUUUGCUGAUUUCAUGAAGUGUCAACUGUAUAUCCUAAUUCAUUGAUAUUACAGGCAGUGAUUAACAAAAGCAGAAACCUCCUGGGAUUCAAAAAUAGGUUGUCAUUUGGAAAAUUUCUAUUGGUCAUAUUAGGCUUUUCAGCUUCUCCAAAGAAAGACUUAAACUUUUGUAUUUAUGCUGUUAUUAGUAGACUUUCACAAUAUCUGAGUAAAAGAAAUGGCAGCUGUAUCAUUCUACAUUAUCUGUCCAAGUAAUAGAAAUUGUCUUGAUUGCUGUUUUUGCCAGUGAUUAUUGUAUUUUUGAAUUGUGGAACAAAUUGAUACAACAAUACUAGAUAGGACAUCAUUACUUCGAUUGUUUUGGUGUUUUCCAAUAAUCCAUAAUUUGGAUUUAUUAAAAUCCUCUGGGUGGUUUCUGGAGCCUUCUGGGGUUACCCAAGUAGACUAUAGAUAUUUCAUAAUAAAUAAAAAAAGUGCAGAAGAACACAGGGAGUUCUAUUUAUCCUUUAAAUUUAGAGAAGGAAGAGUUCAUGUAUACUUUUUGGGUUGCAGGGAGAAAAAAAAGUUGAGUUACUUGUUUUUUAUUCCCUUCCUGUCCAGUUACAUUGUCUAUAUUGUCAUAAAAUCAAAUAAAUCCAUAAACAGCAGCUAUUUUCUACAGGAUGCUGGGGUAGUUGCUAAAAAUAGCAGCCCUGGCCAUAUGAUGAAAAUGUUACGUGUGAAAAGUUACAUCUUGUUCAUCGGUUGUUGGUGAAUAGCUACCAUAGGAAAUUAUUCAGCAACUGUUUGAAGUUACAGUGUGUUCUGACCCAGCUCUCCAA